AUGGCAGCCUCGACACAAAUUACUCUAGAGGAUAUUGAACGCCGCCGAGUGCAGCUUCAACAGACUGUUGACCAGCUCCGCAAGUCCUUGAAUCACUGGACCACCUGGGAGGCCGAGUAUGAGGCGCUCAAAGAAGAAAUCGAGGCUGCCGGUGACCCCUCGCCCUCACAAAUACGUGAGAUGGCACGCGAACUGGAGCUCGAGUUGCUCAAUGAAAAAGAGCUCGACGAGCUGCUCCGCAAGAAAUCGUCAACCGAAAGCACUGGUAACGAAGUUGUUAACAAGAUCUCUAGACGCAUUGACUAUGUGCGAACCAAUAGUGCUACAAUCGAGAAGAACCUUGAUGCCGCCGAGAAGAAGCUUGCUGGUGUCGAUGUCCUGUUAGAGCCUGGGAUGGACAAUGAAGAAGGCGAACCAAUGAUGGACAUUGAAGAAGAGCUAGACGAAGAAGGUAACGAGAUAUCGAGCUCAGUCAACCAGACGGGAAAGGCUGCUGCUGAGCUUGUGGAUGUGUUGCGCAAGGCUGGGAUUCAGAAGGCUGAACUGGAGAAGAAGAAUGCGGCGCAAGCAAAGGAACAACCACCGAAACCUUCGUCCACUUCUCCGCCAGUUUCAGAUCCUGCGAAGGAAUCCACGCCUACUGUUUCGUCGGAACCGGCACCUGUCGAAAACCGCACUGCAACGGACCAGUCUCCUCCAAAGAAAGCUGUGUCCUUCGCUGAGAAGGUCGACGUCGAGCCACAGGUGAAGCCGGUAUUGAAACCUCAAGUUAGUCAAGACCUUGCGUCGGUGCAAUUUCCAGAGGGUGUCAGAGCAGUCGAGCUCGAGGACGACGAAGACCUUUCGUCGGCCGUUAUACCCGAAGACGAGUCUCCAGAAGAUGCCGAGCUUAGAAGGCAGAUGCUGCAGUAUGGCAUGUCAGAAGUUGGACGAGUCGUUGCAGAGCUGAACCUCGAUGAGCCUACUGCAUCAUUUUCUGAUGACGAAUCAGACUACGAUGAAUACGACUACGACACCGAGGAUGAAGAAGAGGAAGACGAAUACGGUCGGAGCACAAGGCCCGUCAUCACUGAGGAAUAUCGAAAGCAGAUGAUGGAGCUUGAAAAGAAGCUGGGUGCUCGCAUGCUCGAAAAUAUUGGACCGCGGCCGGACGAUCGCCCAUUAGACGAGCACAUUGGCGACAUUCGCACCAUGCGUAUACAGAAAGACGAGCAGUUUGAUAAGGCCUUGGAUACAUCAAAGUCCGCUGCGCAGUCAACAGACGAUGGUGGCGACGAACAGUCAAAGAAGAAGGGCGUACGAUUCGCGAAUGAAGUCGACGUAUCUGAAGCUCCGAAGCCAGUGCCAGAAGUAAAACGAACAACACAGCCGGCGGCCAAACCAGUGUCAACAAUUGCAGACACCAUCGUAGAGAGAUCUGCACCUGCUCCACCGUCUGAAGUAGAACCUCCCAAGCCGGGCAAGAUCUCGAAGUUCAAGAGUGCCCGUGCUUCAGCAAACACUCCACAAGUACUGCCUACGCCUCCUGUCCCAGAAGCGCCGCCUGUACCGACUGGGCCUGCUGGUCAGACACUAGCUUCAACAAUCACUGAGCACGUCCCCUUACCGUCAGAGCCUCAAGCGCCUGAUGAAUUUGACCAGGUUCUUUUGAAUCGCGAAAUCCAAGCCCAGUAUCACAAGGCGCGGAAUCGAUUUAUCCAGCGACAGGGUGGAUUCAAGGCGACAGAAGAGGACGAGGAGAACCCAAUCAUGGAAGAGCGAAAUGGAAAGCCGAAGAAGGUAAGUAGAUUUAUGGCGGCAAGACUGAAGGCCGAGGGUAUGUAA